GAAUCUUUUCUUCCGAACAACCAACGCCGGCAGCGCAGUCCACUGAUUUGAUUUGCUGGAAGGAAGUUGAUUGCUUUGAGAAACAAAAAUUGACGAAACCCAGAAAAGGCAGCUUUCUGCAUUCGGCCUCACCAAGGAAGAAUUGCGAUUGCUCUUAAAGAAUUGCGAUUGCUCUUAAAGCAUGGCUAGGGCCUUCUCAGUUGCUCAUUCGGCUCUCUUCUGCAGAACGUCACUGUUCCAACACAGAAAUGGGUUCAAAUGCUUCACCUUUAGCAUACCCUUUUCCACUGCUGCUGCGUCCUCUCUUCCCAUGACUAAGAAGUGGACAAGACCUGUGGCUUCAGCGGUGGAGCUUGGUGGAGUCAAACUUGCAAGAGAUGAUGUGGUGAGGGAUGAUCCUACAAACAAUGUUCCAGACACAAUUUUUUCUAAACUAGGAAUGCAACUGCAUAGAAGAGAUCAGCACCCACUUGGAAUUCUGAAGAAUGCAAUAUAUGAGUAUUUUGACACUAAUUACCAGAACAAAUUUGAUAAGUUUGAUGAUCUCUGCCCAAUUGUUUCAGUACAGCAGAAUUUUGAUGAUGUCUUGGUUCCUGCCGAUCAUGUAAGCAGGAGCUACAAUGAUACAUAUUAUAUCAAUAGUCAAACUGUGUUGAGGUGUCACACAAGUGCUCAUCAGGCAGAGCUGUUGAGGAAGGGACAUAAUCAUUUCCUUGUAACUGGAGAUGUCUAUCGUAGAGAUUCUAUUGAUUCAACCCAUUAUCCUGUGUUCCAUCAGAUGGAAGGAGUUCGUGUUUUCAGUCCAGACAACUGGGAGGCAUCUGGAAUUGAUGCAACAUCGUUUGCAGCUGAGGAUCUAAAGAAAUGUCUAGAGGGCUUGGCAUGCCACUUAUUUGGUGCUGUUGAGAUGCGUUGGGUUGAUGCCUAUUUCCCAUUUACUGAUCCCUCUUAUGAGCUUGAGAUAUACUUUCAGGAGAAAUGGAUGGAGGUUUUGGGCUGUGGAGUGAUGGAGCAAGAGAUAUUAAGAAGAAAUAAUAGACCAAACAAUGUUGCUUGGGCUUUUGGGCUUGGAUUGGAGCGGUUGGCAAUGGUCCUAUUUGAUAUACCAGACAUCAGGCUCUUUUGGUCAACUGAUAAGCGUUUCACCUCUCAGUUUUGCAAGGGUGAACUGGGGAUCAAAUUUAAACCCUUUUCAAAGUAUCCUCCCUGUUUUAAAGACAUAAGUUUCUGGAUUAAUGAAUCAUUUACCGAGAACAAUCUAUGUGAAAUUGUUAGAGGUGUUGCUGGGGAUUUUGUGGAGGAGGUGCAAUUGAUAGGUAAUUUUACCAACAACAAAGGAAUGACAAGUCACUGUUAUAGGAUUGCAUAUCGAUGCAUGGAGCGUUCCCUUACAGAUGAAGAGAUCAAUGAGCUGCAGUCGAAUGUUAGAGAGCUGGUGGAGAAAAAGUUGAAUGUUGUUCUACGAUGAGAGUUCCCAAUGUCUACUUGAAGGUUGAGAAUUACGUUCUCCAACGCCCCCCUAAAUGACACAUAGGCUUUUACACAUUUUAUUGUAUACACAGAAGAAAGAUUUUGAACUAGCAAUGAAAUGGAAAAUACACAGUGUUCCGUAACCUCCUAACCGGUUGUUUCUCUGCCUUUUGUUUCUGGGCAUCUUAAACAAUAAAUAGGAUUUUAAAUU